AUGGACACUCCUGCCGCCGCUCCGCCGCCGCCGCCGCCAUUCUCCGACGCAUCCGACGCGACCUCCUACUCCGACUCCGGCUCCGGCUCCGGCUCCGGCGGGUCCGGCGACAGCGAGGAGGAGGCAUCCUCGAGGGUGUGGGAUUCACAAGAUUUACGCGCCCAGGCGGAGCGUAACGAGGAGCAGCUGCUGGCCGCGAUGUCGGUCGACCCUGCCCGCCUUCCGGCUCUCAACGAUGUGCUCCUCGAGGUGUACGCCGUGCUGCGCCCCAAGCCCGCCGACUACGAGCAGCGGAACGCCUUGGUUGAUGUCUUCAGCAAGAUGGCAACCAGAAUCUUUGGUAACGACAAUGGGUUUCCAGUCGUGCAGGCAUUUGGGUCAUUCACAAUGGAUUUAUUUACUCCUAAAAGUGACCUGGAUCUCUCUGUCAACUUUAGUGCAGAGAUUGAGGAUCAGUGUCCUCGCAAGAAAAAGAUGAAAGUUGUCAGGAAAUUCGCCAAAGUUCUAUACUCCCUUCAAAGGGACGGAAUUUACUGUGGAGUUUUACCUGUUGUAAGUGCUAAGGUGCCUAUUGUGAAUGUUAUUGAUCGGGGAACUGGCAUCGAGUGUGAUAUUACGGUUGAAAACAAAGAUGGCAUGACAAGAUCGAUGAUUAUCAAAUUGAUUUCUUCACUUGAUGAAAGGUUUCAGAUACUAAGUUACUUGGUUAAGACCUGGGCUAAUAUACAUGGUGUGAAUAGCCCGACAGCGCAGACAAUGAGCUCGAUGUCAAUCAUUUCCUUGGUUGCUUUCCAUCUGCAGACCCGCCAUCCUCCAAUAUUACCCGCGUUCUCUGCCUUGUUAAAAGAUGGUUCAGAUUUCGCAAGUGUUGAGAAGAACAUCUCGCUCUUUAAGGGGUUUGGGAGCACAAAUAAAGAAUCGGUAGCUGAACUUUUUGUAACACUGAUGAAUAAGCUACUAUCAGUGGAGAGUUUAUGGGAGCACGGGCUCUGCGCUAGCAAUUUCGAAGCAUCGUGGAUCUCCAAGACCUGGAAGAAAGGAGUUGGUAAUCUAAGUGUUGAAGACUUCUUGGACCGGUCGCAGAACUUUGCGAGGGCGGUAGGGAAGACGCAGAUGCAGAAGAUCUGCACAUGCCUUGUAGUUUGCGCUUCGAACCUGACAGAUUUCAUGAAGGGCCACAUCGACGCGUCGAAGCUCAAGACCCGCCUGUUUGGGCGCCUUAACCCCGACGAUCUGGUCAGCAGGCCUCGUCUGAGACGCGGCAAGAGGGAUCUUAGCCCGGAGGGCAGACGUGGGAUCCAACAAGAGAGGACUAAGCGUGCUGCGCGCCAUGAGGAACCGGCGCACCAAGCUAAUGCUACGCCCAGCACUGCUCGUGUUGCCACGGUUAUGCGUCCCGUUCGACAUUGUCGGUUCCUGGGCAUCCAGUCUAGUGGUGGCGCGCAGUUUGCGUGCAAGCCAUGGUGGCCCUUUAGGAUCGUCCCUUCAGGAUACGGCUAUGGGUUAUCCGUCCGGUUGCCUCCGAGAGCCCCCCACCCUGGCCCAGGAAUAUUGGGGCGAGCCCCGGGUGAUCUGAUACGCUCGAAUAGUGGAAUUCUGCUGCCGAAGCAAGGCCCGCUUCUCCCGACGCCAUUGCGGGAAAGGUCUGCCGGCACGCGUCGCACGGGCAGCGGUAGAGACGAGCAGCUCCAUCCAGCGCAGUGA